AUGUUAGAUACUCCAGAAAAAUCUCUUGAUGUUGCGGCAUCACACAUUCGGUUGUGCAGCAACAUAGGGUAUGCGCUCAGCGACAAGACUGGCUCUUGGAAAAUUCAAUGGCUAGAAGAUGGUGAUAGCGAUGAUCUACAUAGACCAGUAUGUGUUUUUCUUAGUGGUGGAAGGGCAAUCACGGUGCUACAAAUGUCUGCUAUGGUGAAGAAGAUUCCUCUUGAUCAGCAUAUUGGGAAUCUGCUGGAAAGAAGAACCUCGUGCUUUAUGAGCAUGCUUUUUUAUGUCGCCGAUGUAUGUUCUCACGAUGGGAACCAACUAAUUUGCAGGAAAUUCACUAUCCUCCGAACUGGUACCUUUAAAACUGAUGUUUGUGAACAGGAAAUUGCAGGUAAUAUAGCUCUGGAGUUUAGGGACUACCACGUAGACAAACAGCUGGACCUUUAACUGGUGUUUCUGAACUUUAAAUUAUAC